GUCCCACACGGGCAUUUCUCCACGCGUCCAUCCGCGGCCCACGCCGCAAGCAUCCCAAAGCCUGUGAACCCAUUGACUGCCAGACGCCAGAGCGGUUCCUUGUGUCGCGGCUCCCACACCAAAGCCCACAGCCGCGCCAGGGCCGCCCGCAGCGCAUGAAUCGCUUCCGCCGCUUCCGCACGCGAGCCAUAUCCGUAAUGCGCAGGAUGGGGCGCAGGACGGACCGCGUGUACUGUAUAGUGCAGCGACGUGCGAGUAGCUCCGUGGCUGCAGAAGGCCUGUUUGGCGGUGGUGGCGGCGAGGCCGGCGGUGGCGCUGGGGCGGCUGGGGUGGGCCCGGACCCUGAUGUGGGUGUCGGCGAGUUCAGGAACAUCAUGUCCGCGGCAGACGUCGCGGCCUCGCUGGCUGACCGCGAUGCGGCCCCCAUCAGCCCCGGCACUACCUUUGAGGCGGACCUGCAACAGGCGCUGUGGGAUGCGAGUGGUCAGUACGCGGUGUGCUGUCGUGGCACUGGGCGCGCUUUGAUCCUGAGGUCCCUCCGUGGGGACGUCUGCACUUGGGAGCGGGAAUGGGUGGCGGAUGGUGGCCCUCCCGUGUGCCCACGGGGCCUGGUGCCGCAGCUGCUGGAGGUUGCGUGCGCGGAUGCGGAGCUGUUGCGGGCGCUCUGGGCGGGGCCCUUCUAGUGUGCUGACCUGGUUUGGUGGCGUGUUAGUGCGUGUGUGCCUCGAUUGGCCGUGCGCGGGCAAUGGUUCCGGUGCGGUAGCCGGUCUGCUUUGUUGUGGAGGUCGGUUCGCUGCGGCCUGUGUGCCCCGGUUACGUGCGGCCUGUGCCCCGGUUUGCUGCGGGUUGGUGCGUGUGUGACUGCGCAUGGUCGUGCGCCUGCGGUGGUUCCCAUGUCGUCGCUGGACUGCUUCGUUGCUGGGUCCGAGCGCGCGGCCGCUUGGAUCAGCGUGCGUGCAUGGCGGUCGGGUAGCUGCUGCCUGUGUUCCCUGGCUUGCUUGGGACCCGGGGCCCGGUUUGCAGUGUGUUAGUGCGGGGGCGCCGGCGCUGUCUGCCUGUGGUGGUUUCCCGUUCUCGCGGUGGUUUGGGCUUGGGUGCUCUGUUCUGUGAGUUUGGUGGUUGCUUCAGGGGGGGAUAGAAAGCUCAGUUUCUUACCCCAUGCUCAAAAUUACAGAGGUUAAGGAGAGCAUUAUGCACGUGCUUUUAGUUUUGUCAGGGGGUGUCUGGUGAGGAAGUUCUGGGCCGCCAAAGUUGGGGGGUCGGUCGUCGUCCCUGGGGGUCCACCGGGUUUCGGGAGCCCAUCCUGGCGGAUUUCGGGAAGCGCCCCACAAGCAGAACUGGGGGCCAAACGCAGCACUGCGAGGUUCAUAUGUGCAUGUUAUGCCGUAAUAAACACAAACAAGCGUGGGAAGGUGAGUUGCGCGUCCGGGGGUGGACAUGUCGGCACAUGUCCCCACAUUCGACACAUGCGCACUGCCACGGCUGGGCUCUCUAGCGCUGGUGCACAUGAGUUCACGUCUAACAAGGCUGCCGAUGCACAUUGUCCAUUCGUCACGCGGCACAGAGUUGAGCGCGGGGUGGUCUGGAUCGAGGGGAUUUCCAUGGAUAGGAUCCCGCCCGUGACCGAAGUCUCAGAACAGGACCGCUGAUGGCACGGAGUGAUAGUGCUCGUCAAGAGGAGUCGAUUGGCACCACUUUGGUAUCAAAUGGAG